GAGGGGAGUGAGAGACCCCGUCGUGUUUUGACCCCCUAAACAACUCCCAGUCUCCGUCUCUCUCUCUCUCUGGUUUAAAGCUCCAUCGCUGAUUGUGGAGAGACGCAUUUGUGCCCGACGCGUCGCUUCAUGGACAGCGGAUAGGACGCGACAUCAUCCCGGACGCACCGCUAACAUUGGAUACUCGGCCCGGUCCACGCUCCUGCUGCUACACUCUUACUAAGUUGUGGAGAGUGUCUCAUCAGCCGGUGCGGUGUGUGUUGUCUUCCGUAAGUGAGAGUGUGAACUCGGCUUCCGUAUCGCAUGGAGAAGAGGUAUGAGCAGUUGGUGCAGUACCCAGGCUCUGACAUCAUGCCUGUGGGAGGUUACGGGGAUGUCAUGAGGUCACUUCCUCCGCCACACUAUGGCCACACUGUGCCUGACUCGCUCAAACACCACAGGGAUCUGAUCUACGGUCAUCCUCUGUUUCCACUCCUGGCUCUGGUGUUUGAGAAAUGUGAACUUGCCACCUGCUCACCACGAGACUCCACCUCCAUGUCAAACCUUUCCCACCUUACCAGCAUGACCAAUCACAGCGAUGUCUGCUCCUCUGAAUCAUUCAACGAUGACAUCGCAGUCUUCGCCAAACAAAUUCGAUCUGAGAAACCCAUCUUUUCAUCAAAUCCAGAACUGGAUAAUCUGAUGAUCCAAGCCAUUCAAGUACUACGGUUUCAUCUAUUAGAGCUAGAAAAGGUUCAUGACCUCUGUGAUAAUUUCUGUCACCGCUACAUCACGUGCCUGAAGGGCAAGAUGCCCACUGAUUUAGUGCUGGACGACAAAGAGGGCGGAUCCAAAUUGAACAUGGAGGAUUUCACUGGUUCUUGCACAAAUCUGUCAGAACAAAAUUCGUCUUGGUUGCGAGAUCCGGAUGACUGUGUGUCGACCCCAUCAGGCACCCCCAGUGCAUCCUGCGGUCUCACGUCACACAGCACAGAGAACUGCAGCGAUGCAGGUGAUGGAUUGGACGGAAGUGUGGCAUCUCCCAGCACAGGAGAAGAUGACGAAAUGGAUAGAGAUAGACGAAACAACAAGAAAAGAGGGAUUUUUCCCAAAGUUGCAACAAACAUUAUGAGAGCUUGGCUCUUCCAGCACCUAUCGCAUCCAUACCCCUCUGAAGAACAGAAAAAACAGCUUUCCCAAGACACAGGUCUCACCAUACUGCAGGUCAACAACUGGUUUAUAAACGCCAGACGCAGAAUAGUUCAGCCAAUGAUCGACCAAACAAAUCACUCAGGCCAGGGUGCUCCGUACAGUCCAGAAGGGGCGGCUCUUGGAGGUUAUGGCUUAGAUGCUCAGUCUCAUUUAGGUCUUAGGACAUCAGGUCUUCAGGGAAUGCUGUCUCUGCCCACAGAUUACCCCGGAGCCCUUCUGGCUCAGCCAGGGUAUUCCCACCCAGGGCCGUCCCUGCACCCUUACCCUGGCCCCCACACUACCAUGCUGCUCCACCCGCCACCCCAUGCCCACCCUGCUGAACCCCUCAUAGCACAAGGCCUCGACAUACAUGCCCACUGAGACCAGAGCAGGGCAGAGAAGGUGCUGAAAGAGGGCCAAAGCAGUAUACUACAAAUUGACUUUGCAGUACCUGCAGAGCCUGUCACCAUCAGCAAACUUUCAGGGUGCCAGCCCGGUGGACACAAUGACUCUGAGAAUGUCUUAAAUGCAAUGACGUGUAUGAAAAUGUCCUUUUUAUGCACUCAGUUCUGUGCAACGUGACUGUAUGCAAAGCCUGAAAGACUUGUUACAUUCCUUAGCCAUUUAUCGGCAUUUAUUGCUACUUAACACUUCCUCACAAUGAUUUAAAUGGAUGAAUCUCAAGAAGAAAUUGUCCAGGUCAUUUUUCAGUCCAAAAUCAACAGAAAAAUAUGAGAAAUUAUAUUUUGCAACAAAAUGAAGGCUAUUUUUGGGACCUGUAUGAAUUUUUGCAUUGUGUUAUACUGUAAUGAAAACAAUGUUUGGUACUUUUUCUUCACAAUUCACAAAUUUUUUUUUCUUUGCAUUAGAGUUUGAAAUGGGCUUAAUGUCACAGUGGUCUUAAAGAAGGCUUCAUUUUCUUCAUGCAAAAUAUAAUUUCUUAUUUUUUUCACCAUAUCUUGUCAGUUUUAGUGAGAUUCUCCCAGAUGCACUGUACUGAAGACAUUGAUCUUCUAGUCUUAGCUGCAACAUUGCAGGGCUCAACUGAAUAUAUACAAGUGUUCCUAUGGCCUUAGGGGUGAGCAGACAUCUCCCCGACUCUAACGUUAAGGCCUUCAUCAUAGCCUUUCUUGCCUUGACUCAGAAAACCCUCCUGAGGAGCAUAAACUGAAGACAGCGUAUACCUCCUUGGUCAGGACUCUCUCAGGAAGUCCUGAAAAGUCUUCUGAGAUGAAAGAUUACACCAAAUCCUCAUAACUUAACUGGGUGAAUAUCAGGAAACCAUUCAAGAACAUGUCCGGGUCAUAUUUCACCCCAAAAUUAUUGUGACGUUAUUUUAACGCCAAUUAAGUAAAUUUUUCCUUCAGAUUCUCUUUACAGUAGUGCAAAAAAUAUUAUUCUACUGUGACAUUUAAAUGGAAAAGUAUUCAUUUUUCAUGGGGGUAUUUGUUGUUCUGCCUUUGAUUUGUACUAAUUUAAGUAAUAAAACAAAUAAUAUAAAACAAAAUUAUAUAUAAAAUGUAGACACAUUAUGUAAUGAGAAUUUAGGGAGGCUUAAUGGUUAUUAAAAAUAAUGUCACAAUGCAGAAAAUCUUAAAUGAUCUCACAAAUAGGCUACAUUUUCUGUACACAAAUGUAACAGUUUUUCUUUAGGUUUUGAGGCGAAAUGUGACCCAGACAUGUUUUCAUGAGAUUCACUGCAAAACUUUUGAACAUGGUCAAUAACAUUUUGAAAGUUGAUUUGUGGCAUACUGUAGAGCGUCUUUACCAGACGUCUUUGUCUUCUAACUGAGGGUAAUGCAAGUUUCAUUCAGUUCUUCUGAUCAUAAAUCAGUCUCACUCAGCGUUACGCAUUAUUUAAUUUAAAUUUUAUGUUAAAUCUAUUUUUGUAUUUAUCUGUGUCAGAGACUCGGUUACUCCAAAAUAUUAAAGUUAAA